CUAUUUCUGCUGAGCAGCAAUUAAAGAAAUACUGUUUGUCACGAUUGUAAAAGCUUACAAAUAAAAGUAACGUUUUGACAAAAAACAAAAAUGGUGAUAAAAGAUGUUGAAAUGGUUGAUGUUUCUGCAGUCGAUGCUAAAACAGACGAGGCAGAUAAAGAAGAAAAGAAAGACCCAGAGUUAUUAACUUUAGAAGAUAUUCGUGAACAUGUUCGACACAUAGAAAAGGCUGUUUCCACCAAAGAACCUCGCUUUAUGUCCAGAGUUAUUCGAGCCCUUGUAUCAGUGCGUAGAAAACUGAAUCCAAGAAUUUUGCGCUCACUAAUGAAAGGCUAUUUUACUGCUCCAAAUUUUACAAAUAAAGAAGAGCUCCUCCCUUUCCUUGCAGAUAGUCAGAGUGAAGGAACCAAUGGAGUAUCUGCAGUUUUUCGACCACGAUCUGGCAAGCAGGCUCAAGUACCAGUCCUUCCUGAGAUAGAAAUCUACAUCCAUUUGCUAGUCUUGAUUUACCUGAUUGAUACUAAACAGUAUGAAAGGGCAGUGGAAUGUUCUCUGCUACUGAUAAAAAAAUUGGUGUUGCAGAACAGAAGAGCUAUGGAUAUGUUGUCAGCCAAAUGUUACUUUUACUAUUCAAGGGCUUAUGAAUUAACCAACAGAUUAGAAGAAAUUCGAACGGUUCUCCAUGCCAGACUUCGUACCGCAACUCUGCGCUGUGACCAUGAAGGACAAGCUACAUUGAUUAAUCUCUUGCUGAGAAACUAUCUUCACUACAACCUGUAUGAACAAGCUGAUAAAUUAGUGUCUAAAUCAACAUUUCCAGAGAGUGCAUCUAACAAUGAAUGGGCUCGCUUCUUGUACUACUUAGGUCGUAUAAAAGCAGCACAGCUAGAAUAUUCAGAAGCACAUAAACACUUGUUACAGGCAACAAGAAAAGCACCUCAGCAUAGUGCAAUAGGCUUCAAACAGACAGUUCAAAAGUUGGCCAUUACUGUUGAACUAUUGCUAGGAGACAUCCCAGAUAGGUCUGUGUUUAGGCAGCAGUCAAUGAGGAAAACUUUGGCUCCAUACUUUCAGUUAACUCAAGCUGUUCGUGGAGGUAACCUACAGAAGUUUAAUGAGACCCUUGCCAAGUUUGGCACCAAAUUCCAAGCUGAGAACACGUACACUUUGAUAGUUAGACUGCGACACAAUGUCAUUAAGACAGGGGUCAGGAUGAUUUGCUUGAGCUAUUCACGUAUUUCUUUAGUUGACAUUGCCCAGAAGUUAACCCUUGACAGCCCAGAGGAUGCCGAGUUCAUUGUAGCUAAGGCUAUAAGAGAUGGUGUCAUUGAGGCCAUAAUUGACCAUGAGAACGGCUAUGUCCAGUCAAAAGAAACAGGAGAUGUGUAUAGUACUAAAGAACCAAUGACUGCUUUCCAUCAGAGAAUUAGUUUCUGUCUUGACAUCCACAACCAGAGUGUCAAGGCCAUGCGUUUUCCACCCAAAUCCUACAACAAAGAUUUAGAGUCUGCUGAGGAACGCAGAGAAAGAGAGCAACAAGAACUGGAAAGUGCUAAAGAAAUAGCAGAGGAGGAUUUUGAUGGCUUCCCUUAAUGGUGACAGUGUCACAGAUGUGCUGGCUUUCGACAUAAUCAUCCCUUUCAUUUCUGUACUAUAGAAACUAGUUCACUCCCUGGUGUUGAUGACUCUACACAGACAUGAUGUGGUUAAAGCCAUCUAGUAUUGUUCAAUCUGCCUAGGAUAUUGCCAUGAACAUGUUAUUACAUCACCUAUUGCCCAUUUUGUGAAGAUGUUUGAGACAUUUAAGUGUUGCAGCUAGGAUAAUACCAUUGGUUAGAACUGCCAUAGUAUGAAAGUAUUCUGUGUGAUUGUUUGCAUAACAAGACAGUUUCAUCUCUUGUAAUGUCAUGUGUAUAUAUUUGACACAUUUUAAACAUCUUGACCUGUACUGCUUGGAGUCAUUCAAUGUACUUUCAAUGAAGUACCAUUUACAGCUUUUUUUUUUUUUUAAUUCAAGUAUUUUUUACAAACUGUUUGAUUGGUUCAUAUGAUGGUUUAUAGAAACAUGGUUUCAAUUGUUUUAGUUUCACUCAACAGCAGUCCAAAUAAACUUGUCAUGGUUCUUAAAAA